GCCGCUGGGGGCCCGCGGUCGCUGAGCGGCCCGGGCUGGCGGCGGUUUCCGGUUCAGCGCGGCUGGCGGGCGGGCGGCCCGGAGCGGCGGCGGCGGUGGCGCCCGACAGACAAUGAGGGCGGUGGGGCGGCGCUGAGCGGCGGCGGCGGGAGCGACGCGGGCCCGGGGGCGGGGCGGGCGCCAGCCAUGGACAAUCAGUGCACUGUCCAGGUGAAGUUAGAGCUGGGGCACCGUGCCCAGCUGCGCAAGAAGCCCACCACUGAGGGCUUCACCCAUGACUGGAUGGUCUUCGUACGUGGCCCUGAGCAGUGUGACAUCCAGCACUUCGUGGAGAAGGUCAUCUUCCGACUGCAUGACAGCUUCCCCAAACCCAAGCGUGUGUGCAAGGAGCCCCCCUACAAAGUGGAGGAAUCGGGCUAUGCAGGCUUCAUCAUGCUCAUCGAAGUGUACUUCAAAAACAAGGAGGAACCGAGGAAGGUCUGUUUCACCUACGACCUGUUCCUCAACUUGGAGGGCAACCCUCCUGUCAACCACCUGCGCUGUGAGAAGCUCACCUUCAACAACCCUACCACAGAGUUUCGCUGCAAGCUGCUCAUGGCUGGCGGGGUGAUGGUAAUGCCCGAAGGAGUGGACACGGUGUCCAGGCCCAGCCCCGACUACCCCAUGUUACCCACAAUUCCACUCUCUGCCUUCUCUGACCCCAAGAAGAACAAACCGUCCCACGGCUCCAAGGACGCCAACAAAGAGAGUGGUAAGGCGUCCAAACCUCACAAGGUGGCCAGGGAGCACCGCGAGCGGCCGCGCAAGGACUCAGAGAGCAGGAGCUGCUCCAAGGAGCCAGAGCGCGAGCCCAAGAGUGCCAAGGAUGCUGUACGCAAGCUGCCCAAGGAGGAGAAGGCCCCAGCACCCAAGGCUGCCUUCAAGGAACCCAAAAUGGCCCUAAAGGAGACAAAGCUGGAAAGCCUGUCCCCCAAGGGGGCACCCCAGCCCCCUACCCUGCCCAAGGCCUCCAGCAAGCGGCCCGCUGCCACGGACUCACCGAAGCCCAGUGCCAAAAAACCUAAGAAGAGCGGAUCGAAGGGGACACGGCGUGCCCCUGGCACCUCACCCCGCACCUCCUCCUCCUUCCCUGACAAGAAGGUGCCCAGGGACAAGAGCAGCAGCAAAGGUGACAAGGGGAAGGCAGACAGUGAGGCUCGGGAGGCCAAGCGGACCCAGCAGGCUGAGGACUCAAACUCAGAGGAUGAGGCCUCCUUCCGGUCAGAGUCGGCCCAGUCAAGCCCAGCCAACGCCAGCUCCAGCUCUGACUCCAGCUCCGACUCAGACUUCGAACCAUCUCAGAACCACAGCCAAGGCCCCCUGCGCUCCAUGGUGGAGGAUCUGCAGUCUGAGGAGUCGGAUGAGGAUGACUCGUCGUCAGGAGAGGAGACCACUGUCAAGGCCAAUCCAGGCCGAGAGUCCAGGCUGAGCUUCAGCGACAGCGAAAGUGACAAUAGUGCUGACUCCUGCCUGCCUGGCCGCGAGCCCCCGCACCCGCAGAAGCCACCUCCUCCCAGCAGCAAGGUUUCUGGCCGGAGGAGCCCCGAGCCCUGCAGCAAACCUGAAAAGAUUCUGAAGAAGGCUACCUAUGAUAAGGCUUACACGGAUGAGCUGGUGGAGCUGCACCGGAGGCUGAUGGCUCUGCGUGAGCGCAAUGUGCUGCAGCAGAUCGUCAACCUGAUUGAGGAGACUGGUCACUUCAAUGUCACCAACACCACCUUCGACUUUGACCUUUUCUCCUUGGACGAGAGCACCGUUCGCAAGCUGCAGAGCUGCCUGGAGGCCGUGGCCACAUGACCCCGGCCACCACUGUGGAGCCACGGUGGGCAUGGGCACGGGAGGGGCUGGGCAUGAGGGCUGGCCCACCAUGGCUCCCGCUCCUGGUACCACCCCCAGCUCGCCAUGGUGCCCUGGUGCCCCUCAGUGGUUGGUGUUAAAGGGGCUGUGGGCCACACUUCCACAGGAGGGGGUGACACAGGACACAUGUGGCUUGCAGCCCCUUGUUUAUUCUGCCGGUUAUCCACUGUGGGUGGGGCUGAGUGGCCAGGAUGACCACAGUCUUCCAUGCAGUUCACAGACCUCCCUCUGUGGCCUGCCUCCUAGACUCGAGGGUCUGUCAGCAUGGCCAGGGCUGGCCAUGGACACAUGGCUCUUCCUGGCAGGCCCUGUGCCUGGUGUCCUGCCAUGCAGCCUUGUGUAUUGUGUGUGCUCCAAGUGUGUCCAGCAGCCGGGGAGGCUCAUGCCACCCCCUGCUGGAGGCAUGAAGGAUCUCCCCUCUAGAUCCCAGGAUGCCACUGCCUCUCAUGGCCCCAGGCCAGUGAACACUACGAUGGGCACCAGUCUUGGGCUCCCAAGGGCCACCUCUGUAGCCAUGUGCCAGCCAAGCACCCACAGUUCCAAGGCUGGCCGUGCUGGCACGCCUGGGCCACCAUUUCCCAUGGGCCACCUCCUCUGUUCUCUCGCUGAUCAAGUCUUUGAACUUUGAAAACGAGCUUUUGCCAAAUAUGAUAGGAUGGUGUAUGCGAGGCGGGCCCAGCCCCAGACUGCCUCUGUCUCCACAGUGGGCCUUGAGAGGCUUUGGGCUUAUGCCCUAUAAACUGCCGAGGGCCGGGCCAGCCCCUUUCCCAUGCCUGAGCCUGGACCACCCCAACCCCAAGUCCAAUUGUUGUCAGUGUUCGUGCCCCAAGGUGUUUGAAAGUGGCCAGAGCCCAAGCUGGCUCACAGUUGCCUCUCUGAUGUUGCUUCCUCCCCAAUGUGGGUUCACCCCUGGAGGCCUGGCCUCCCAGCUCCCUCUCCCUGUCAGGAACAUCCCAGCCUCUAAGGCUUCCCUUACCCCCAGGAAAAGGAGAGCCCCACCCCCCCCCCCACCCCAGCCCCUUUCUGACUCCCUCCAGCUGAGGAGGCAGGGCUUGGGUCCACAUCUCUUCCCAGACAGGCCGACAAUACUCUCCACCAGGCGUUCUGCAGCCUCCAAGCCUUUGGUCAGAAGGCCCUGGCAUCGUGGCAGCCAUCGGCAUCCACAGGGAAUGUGCCAGGGUCCCAAACAGCCUCAGCCCGGGGUACCGUUCUUCCUCUUGCGGUCACCAGUGGCCCAGCCCUCUUGAUACCCUGGGCCUCAGUGUCCUGCCCUUCCAGAUGCUUCCGGGGCCCUCCUGGAAGCACCCACCCAUCUCAGUUACCUCCUCUGGCCAGAAGGCCACACCACUGUCCUCCAGAGCCACUCUGGGGCCCAUACUGGCUGUCUGGAAGCCUAACGAAGCAGCUUGCACCCAGAGCCCUGAGGGCUCUAGGGACCGGUCCAUAGGAAGGGGUGGCACCAGGACCACCCCCAUCCCGAGUCCCUGUGCUGCAGCCUCCUGAACCAGCUCACCACACUGGGUGCAAAGGUAUUGGAUACCUGUCCCUCCCCAGGGCUUCAUCAGACGUGUCUCCAGGAAUAGACAUGUCACCGGCCCAGACAAGCCCUGGACAGAGGGACAAAGAGAGCCGUAUUUGUAAUGAGCUGCAGGGCUGUUUGUCCCGCAUUUUAAACUUUUUGUUAAAUUGUGAAAUUAUGGAGGAGUUUUAUAGAAAAUAAAGUGAGAUGGGAGUAGUGGGUGGCCCACCUUUGAUUCAGUCACACUGGAAAGAGCCACACCAGGAGCCUGGGGGGGCGAUGACAGUUGUGCAUACCUUGGGAACAGGUAUUGAGGGCUGGUUACAGACAUAGCUUGGGGUUGCAGAGGGGUGGAGAUGGGAAGGAGGGUGUGGAGUAGAAGGAGGGCACCUUUGCAGGGACACCCAAGUUCCUGCACCUUGUGGAGCCUGUGAACCUCUGGUGUCACCCUCACAGGACCUAUUUUCACAGACUUUGGAUAUGGGUGGCAUACAGAAACCCAAAUCUUGGCCACCAUGCCCAUGGGGCAGCCACCUCUUGAGUCCUGUUAGCAGGUAGUAGCUGGCGGUUCAUGCUCAGCAGUGAAAAUGGACUCUUCUCAGGCCCCUAGGGCUUGACACUACCUUCCCAAACCACUUUGCUUAUCAGGAUACAGCCUGUAGACAUGGUUCCAGAAAACUGUUGGUGUGGUAACUGUCAGACAUGUAUUCACUCAUGUUUGCUGUCUACCUCAGGUGGCAGGGGCCCUGCAGAGAGAUCCAUGGGCAAUUCAAAAAAUUUGAGAGCUGGGAGACAUUUAGAAAAAAAUCACUGUAUAAGCCUGGGAACCUGGGUUCCAUUUCAGAAUCCACAGUCCAUGUGUAACGAAGUGUGUGUGUCUGUGUCUGUCUGUCUUGGGAAGUGAUUGGGAAGUGCUGGUGUGGGCCAGAGGACAGCUAGAGCUGCAGGUCCUUGUGAGCUGUGUAGUGUGAUUGUGGGAGGGCAACAAGCACUCAUCAGCACUGAGCCCUCUCCACCCCCAUCCCCAAACAAGGCAGCAAAAGGGGGCUCUCUGGGGCUCACUGACAGCCAGUGAGUUCAGUGAGAGACCCUGUUGUAUUUAAAAAGAUGAGAGCAGUUCCCAAAUGAGAACAAAGGUUUGCUCUCUGGUCUCCACAAGCAUACAUGUGCACUGUUUUUAUUAAAGACAUGUAUGCACAUAAAGUUUGAAUUUACUAAAUUUGGACUUAGCAAAGUUUGUUGGGAAUCUGGAUCACUGAAUAAUACUGUCUGUGGCUAUAACAAAUGACCUGAGACUGGGUAAUUUGUAAAUAAGAAAAGAUUCGUGUGGCUUGCAGUUCCGAAAGUGAGUUCCAGUCCGGCUGCUACAUCAGCUUGGCUUCUGGCGAAGUCUUUAUGUGCGUUCCAUGAGUGCCUGAAGAGUUGGUGUGCACAUGAAGAGAGCUGUGCACCCAGAAUCCCCAAACCUCCCAACAGCCAUGGAGAGCCAAGCUCUGAGAGAGCGCUGCUGAGGACAGGCCGUGUUCAGACUGCAGCCCCGCCCUCUUCACACUCCAGCUCCUGCUUGACCCAUCAGUCAUUUUUUGUUACAGUAGUUUUGUUUUGAGACAGUUUUGUAUAGCCCAGGCUAGCCUUGAACUCCUGAUCCUCCUGCCUCUCCCUCCUGAAUGCUGGGCUGGCAGGUGUGCACCCCACACUGGUCUGUAUGGUACUGAGGAUGAGAGCCCAGGACCCUGCACUAGAUGAGCACUUUGCCCUGCACUCAGCAGCAGCCUGUGGUAGUGCUUACUCAGCUAAUGUCCCAGUGGUGGUGAUGUUAUCCCUUUAGGGAUCAUUGAUGUUCUCAUGUGAACAUGACUGCUAUCCUGGAGGCCAUCCCAUCCCCUGAGCUCACCAUAUUCUUUCUCAUGUGUGUUCUUGCCAGUGUCCCCUACCUUAUGACACAGCUACAGGACCAUACCAAAGCCUUGCCUUGAAACUUUACCAUGAACCACUAGUCUGUCUCACACAGAGGUGUCCCUUACUACUAAUGCUGGUCUGGACUGCCAGCAUUGUCUAAUCACCAUCUCCACCUCUAGACAGGUACAAGAACUACCCAUACUCAGGGUUUUUUUUGUUGUUGUUGUUUGUUUUGGUUUGGUUUUUUUUUUUUGUUUAUUUUUUUUCUUUCUCUUGAGGAUGAAGUGUCUUCCAAGUUACAAGUCAGGCUGGGAGCCAGAAACCCGAACCGUGCACUUUGUUACAACUUUCUGGGUAGUGCGGAUUCACUCCAGAUAGGGUCCCCGUGACGGACCAAAGACAUCAGCUAGCUUAGAGAGUCAGGGAGAUUGCUGAGGAUAGUUGGACUGUCACUGUGAGCCCACUCCAGCAUGGCUGCCCAUUCCAAGCUGUCUCUGCUGACUCCCCACCCUCCCAGCCAUCGUGACUGCAUACAUCGUGUGGAUGGGGUCUCAGGAAACUUGUCUCUUCCAGAACCUUCCUACAUUUUAAUGAGACUUACAGGACACCAGGAGAUGCAUUCCAUUUCCUCUGUUGUGAAUGUGUGUGUGUGUGUGUGUGCACGGUCUGCCCCAGCUCAUAGGACGUUCCCUGGAGUCCUUAGCUCCUAUCAGAACGUGUUCAGCCAUGUGUCCCAGAGCUACUUUAGCACAUGCUGUCUUGAACACAUCACAGCACUAGUGAGGCAGAGGCCAGUCUAGUCUACAUAGUGAAUUCCAGGACAUUCAAGACUACACAGAAACCCUGCCUGGGAAAAACAAAAACCAAAGAGUUUAAGCACAUUAAUGUAGUUUGAGGUGUUGAGAGCAUGGAUUGGGGGUGGGCAGUCCCAGCUGGUUCUGAUGAAGAUAGCCUGAGAUCUAAGUCUGCUCCCUAAACUUCAUGCCCAAGGGCUGCUGUCAGGUGCCUUUACCAGAGUCGCAGCAGCUGGAAGUGUUUGCACUAUAACUGUAGGUCUCAAAUUCCUCAACUUCUCAUUUAGUAUAGUGUAUAAGUGGAUUAGGAGAAGCAGCUACUGAGCUUAGGAGCAUUUGCUGCUCUUACAGAGGACCCACAUGGCAGCUCACAACACUAUAACUCAAGCUCCAGGCUAGAAUCCCCAGUGAGGGGCUGAGGGCGUGGUCAGGGUGGAGCCCCCAUACAAU